CCAAAGUAAAAUACCCCUAGCACAGUAGCUUGAAUACUUUCCACAAGAUUUUCCAGAAAACCCACAAUGUCAGCCCUUGGACCUAUAGACCCAUCUUCUGUCCAGAAAGAAGAUCAGAAAGAAGCAGCAUGGAUCGUUCGAAAAUUAGCGGGGGUAAACAAACACUUCCUUGCCACUUGAUCACAUGCUUAUCCUUAACAGUCAAUGACCGGACGUAUCGUCGUCUCAACAUAUGAGUCCCUCAGAGCAACAGGAACCUCAGUCGUCUGUCUCUCACCAUGGGGCGAUUCCUCACCUCUCCUCCUCCCAUGCAUCCGCUUUCGCGAUCUAGCCGUCCACACCGUCGUCGCUGCAACCGGUGGUACUGCAAUGAUCGCUGCUCCAGCAAUGGGGCCCGUGUCCGACAUGGCAAUGGAUUCAUUUGGCGACACUGUCUUUGUCGAAUUGGGUCUUCAUGCUGGAUUUGCAGCAGCUGUUCAAGUAGGAAACGAAGUACUCAUCGACAAGCCACUCAACAAGAUCAUUCCAGUCCACGAAGCGAAUUUGGCGACUUCUGGGGUCAAGACAUUGACUAUCACGCUGAAAUACAAGCACACGGUCGAGGAUGCAAAUCUUGGAUUCUUCAGAAGCUCAACACACGCCGAUCCGAGUUUGUUUGCCACUGUCAGCGAUUACCUGGCUGUUGAGAAGGGAUGGUUUAGUCCGUAUCUGUUUGCAAGUGCGAGGAGACCUGUUAUUCCUCGGACGAUGAAACCUGAUGUUGUGUUCUGCCAUGGCCCUUUUUUAUCAGGCGAUUACCGUGUUGGAGAGACCCUCGUCGCACAGAGUGCCAAAGUACUACAUCUUUGCGAGAUACCUCCGGUCCAAGAAGAAGUCUUGGCUCCCACUGUAUCCGUAACCGAAAAGACGAAACUCCAAGUUUCGAAGAUGAAUACCAAAUUGACAUCUCUGAUGCAUCGCACAAAGCCUACAGCUGAGGAACCUACUCGACCAGCAUCUCCACCACCAGUUUUGCAAGAGAUUGUUCAACCACCUCGUCGACUCGCAGUUGUUCUACUGGGAUUAAAACCACAUCGUCUAGGCAUGUGGACAUCCUCGGCACGACCAUCAGAAUCAGUCCUCAAGUACGUUCUCUUGAACGGUGCACCGACGAUCGUACUUCCUGCACUUGCUGGAGCGCCGUUGAUUGCAUGGAUUACGCUCACGCUCAAACAACUCCACUCGAAGAAAGACAGAUAUGACGGCGUGGUACGGAUCCUGUUCGAAUAUCUUUCGUUGUGUGUUGAUUGGGAGAGGGUGACUGUUGGAGAGGGAGAUGAGGAAAGGAAGAAGGCUGUUCGUGAUGCGGUUGAGUUGGUGGUUGCUGCUGCAGUGCAGAGCGUGGAUAGUAAAGCGGUGAUGAAAGAUGUGGAUUUGGAUCGUGCCGGGAUUGUUAUCUUUAGAAUGCUUUGAUGUAGGAUAGUUAUGAAAGAUAUGUGAAAUCAUGG